AUGGUCAUGCUCAACUUAGCAGCUGCACAGGGAAUUGGGAUUCAAUCUUCUCUCUUGACCCCAGAACAGGUCAGGAACGCAAUUCUCUUUGGUUGGGUCAACCAAAUCCUGGCCCUUGUUGCCAUUGGCUUGGGUAAAGUUGUGAUUGUUCUCUUCCUCCUGCAGAUCCACGGCUACAAUACACCUUCCAGAACGGUUUUUCUGUGGUUCAUAGCAGGAAGCUCUCUAGCUGUUAACGUUAUUUCCGCUGUGUUAAUCCUGUUCCAAUGCUCACCAUCAAGGAAGCUCUGGGAUGAAGAUACCCCUGGAACGUGUGGAGGAAGGAAGCGGAGUCCGGGCAUUUUCGACCACGACUAA